CACCGCUCCUCUUCAACUCUCCCCGCCCCUCUCUCACCGCGUUAGAGGGGUGUUAGAGGUUCGGGGGCGACUUUGCAGAAUAGUUAGAAUUGUUGUUCUUACCGCCCAACCCCCCAAACCAAGCAGGCAAAUGUGGCCCUCUUUCAAAUGGCCCGAGCUGAUAGCACGGACCUGGUCGCCCUGGAAUCCCCAACGGUACCUAUUCCACCGUCAGCUUCAACAGUCUCGACGCCCGCGUCGUUCGCUCCGGGCGCCGGCGGCGGCGGCCUCGUUGUUGUCGCUGGCAGUGCCGGCCCCUACCACCAGCAGCAUGUGCAGCACCAGCUCCAGCAGCGGUUCGUCGACGGUAAAGUUCCACAGCAACAGCAGCAGCAGCAUCAACAGCACGGGCCGGAUCUAUACCAGCCUGCUCGGCGAAACGGAGGCGGCAGCCAGAAGCCUGCGCCGGUGGCCCUCGGAGACCCAGUCGCUGCCGGCGGUGGAGGCGGCGGCGGCGGCAUCGGCCUCGGCGCCGGCGGCACCCUGCCCCAGCUCGACGAUGCCGGCUCGACGGACUCGUCCCUGUUCGACGAGGACGUUAAGAAGCGCCCCCGGAAGCUGUUUUCUUUCGGGAAGCGGUUUGCCAAGUCGAAGAAGCAGCAAUAGCAGUGGCAGCAGCAGCAGCAGCAGCAGUAGCAACAACAGCAACGUCAACAGCUGCAGCAAGGACACCGACAGCGCGCGGACGGGCGGGAACGUUAACGCUCAGCAACUGGACGACGACAUGCCGCGGCCCGGCCAGCGAAGACGCCGGCACCAGCGACGACGAUGGUGGUCCACAUCAUCACGGCAAGGGGACAGCAGCAGCAACAGCACAGGCGUACGACGGUUCCCACCGACGGACACCCAUUUGACAUAGUACUUCCGUUACUUAGGUUUUUAAAGUCUACAGUUCUUAGGGCUAACUUAACUUAAGGCUUUUUACACACCCAUAAACACAACACACACACACACAACACAUCAACACUCGCACGCGGUACCGUAUGCGAAAUAGGGGGAAAGGGGAAGGGGAAUACACUCGAAAAGGGGCAGCUUAGCGUGGGCAGCCGGGUUGUCUCUAGACACCCGGAAGCUGCGCGCGAGAGCGUCCCUCCGACACCAAACGGCUGCAGGAAUCUUUGACCAAUAUUUAUUGACUCUGAUAUAUGUUAGGUUAUGGUUUUGCUUUCUCCCGAGCUUGAGGAAGAGCGGGGUUAAGUUUGCUGGUUGAAACGGUAAGCGGAGCGACAAAAACAAAGAGGGAAAGAGUAGAAAGAGCCGCUUUUAGUUGCGUUUGUGUGUCUGUAGUCUUCCGCAAAGCUGUUUCCGACACGGAAGUAGCGAAUGGGGGAAAUGAGGGGAGGAGGGGGGGGCAUUAGAACCACUUUUUGUUUGUGAAUCUGGGGAAAAAUGUAACGCCUCCUAACGAUGAGGGGGCGGAGGAUGGAGCUCGAAAGGGAGCGAAGAAUACACGUUUUUUUUUUUUCGUUUUGUUUUUACUCGCGCUCUGACACGGUGCGCGACAUUCGGUACACUUGCUUUAAUAAUGUGAGACUGCCACUCCACGUACUUUUGUGGCCGCGCAUGUGUGUAACUGGGGGAAUGGGGGAUGCACAAAGGGAAAGCGUGCAAGGCACGUUUGUCAAACCCGGCCGGUUGUGUGGUAGCCAUUUUAUGUAGAUAGGAACAAAUAUGGAUGUGCGCCCGCAGUGGAGUGGAAGGAGACGACGGGGACUAUUUAGCCAAUCGGAAGUCAUUAGAUAAAACAAUGCAAACACACACACACAAACGCAUAGCAAAUUCUAGAUAAAAAUAGUUACAUUGCGCACACAUAUUAAUAUAUACACUAUACACUCAACAACAACAAAAAAAACAAACUUAAAACGUUAUCCGAAAAGUCUGACCAAAUUCUAACGGGAGUGAAGCGAAAAAGGACCGUAAAAAGGAAACUAUACACAAACGGCCCGCUAAACGAAGCAAAACAGGUGGCAGGUGGCAAAAACGAAUGUCAAUAACUAAUGUAGGUGUACUGUGUCUAGUAGGGCGCAAGCAAAAGGACAAACAAUUCAACGGAAGGUAGAAACGCAAGCAAAAGGCGCGUGGUUAAGGUUGCGUGAGGCGAGAACCGUACAAAAAAAAACACACACCCCGUUGCUGUAGGUUUAGUGUAGUUUCGUUUCUGUUUUAUACAACUACCUACUACUACCUAACACCCCCCCCCCCCCCCCCCCCACAACCACAGCCCCGAUCUCUCGUCCCCAUUCCCUUCGUCUCGCAUGAUGAGCACCUGUCUAGCGACACUACGGAAAAAAACAGCACGCAGCUUUUUUAUUAAGUAAAGGACACGUUUAGCACACCGUUAGGAUGUUUGCAUACAGGGGUUUCCAGGGGUUCUCACAGUUGCGAGACAUUUCCUUGACUUUUUCCAAUGGCAAGUGAACUUCAAAUGACGGACAUUGGAAUUUAUGGCACCCUUGAUGGACGAGCUCCUUGGAAAUUCCUUCCAACUGGAUUUGUGCAACAAGGGUGCUAUGGAGUCCAAUUCCCAUUACAUUCAGUUCAUUUCACGUAAGAAGGAUUCAAUAAAGUGUCCCACAGCCAUGAAAACUCCUGAAAACCCGUGUAAAACACUAAGCUGGAUUGUCUAACGAUUGUCUAGCAAAGUCGAUGGGGUUUCGUUUGCGCUUACUCUAUAUCUCUCUCUCUCCCUCAACGAUUGUUUGCGUAUUUGAUACACGCAAUGCGGCUAUUUAUUUAUUGCAUCAAUUUGCUAAACCUCUGGACUGUUGCUUUUUUUUUUGUGCACACCACCAAUGAUCAGCACACUUAUUUGUUUGCACCAUGGCACGUACGUUUUGUUUUGAUUUUGGUCUAAGAUGGUGUUUUGGGAUGUUUGUCUUUUUCUUAAUUGUACCAUCCUUACGCUGCGGAUCUGUCUUCGAUGCUGUUGUUGUUGUUUUUUUUUGCACUGUUCACAACAACAAAGGGACAAAGGCACAACAGGAAUGCGCACACAUACUUACCUUUACUUAAUGUACGCACACGUAUGGGGAUUACCGUGGGGGAAGGCUCUCUGGCACACCAGACACGUUGCGGACCGUAGCGCGGCCUGCAAUGUGUCGUGCCGCCGGGAUCUGUUUGUCAGUUGUUGUUUUUUUUCUUCUUUCUUCUCCUUUUCAUCUUCUUUCUUUCUCUUCCAGUGUGUAACAUUCCGGCAUUAUCGAUAGUGAAUCGUGUACGGUUUUGUUUUGUUACUUCUGAUCAAAACGUUGUUUAUGCACGGUCCGGCAUAUGAAAUGCGUCUUGGGUGGGGGUAGUGGUGGUGGUGGCCUUUCGUGGGUGGUGGUGGGUUGUUUUGGGUGGGUUUUCACACUCGCUCACACAAAACAGGAGGUACACAAUACUUAACAAAUAGAAUCACACAUUAGCAGCCUGCUUUACUUAACAAACAAAUAUAAUUAUAAGAAACGGUUAAAAAAAAUAACGGCGCAAGCGAUUUUAAAAAGGCAAACGGUGUUUUUGAGGGUUAUCAAAAAACAAAAAACAAAAAAACGAAAGCAGAUGGAAGUGAGCGAUAAAACGACUUCACUCUGUGCGCGUGAUAAUGUUUGCUUCUUUAGACGUUUUGCGUUUGUGGUUUAUUAUUAUUAUUUUUUAUUUAAAAAUGAUACAAGAAACCUCUCUUCAACGGUAUCACGGGGCGCGCAGGCUCCAAACCCCCCAAAGGCGGCACACAAACAGGAAAGGUUUAGGGGGAUGGGGAGAGAAGAGAAGAGGAGACAGGGGGGGUUACUAGCAGGCAAAGAAAGCAGUAACAGGUGUUGUGUAAAUAUAUAAAUAAACGAAGAAAGGUAUUAUUAUGCAUAAUGACAAUUUAUAGAGCGUUAGGAGCAUGCGGAGCACGAAGAGAGGAUCCCAGGGCCACUGCGUCUCGUAUGCCUUUUUACCGGCUUCCAGCCACCUCGCUCGCACGUUCGGCGAGCAAAAGAAGAAGCGGAAGAAGAAGGGGGCGACUGUUGUUUUAUUUUUAAUUUAAUUUUUAUCUGUUCCUCGCACACCCCCGCCGCACACCACCCGCGCUUGGUUUAGGGUGCGUGUGUGUGUGUGUGCGCGCGCGCGCGCGUGUGUGUGUAUGGUAUAGGCAAAUGAACAUUAUUGAUAAAAUCAAACUAGAAAAAGGCAAGAAAAGGACACGUGACCGUAAAGUACACUCAAGCAACAGAAACAGAAGCAAAAGAAUCACAAACACCCACACACGGACGUGUGCUAGCAGAAGGAAGCUGUGUAUAGAUAUAUAUACAAGAGGAGAGGAAAAACAAGAUGGAAGAAUCUUAAGUGGAAGAAGGUUGUAAACUGAACAAGAAAAGCAAUAAAGCGAAAAAAGAGGAAAAA